GGACUACAGUUCUCAUGAUUCUUCACCACUGACUGCUGGCUGGGGCUACAGAGAGAGGCAAUCCAACAUUAAUUUCUCUGUGUCUUACUUGCUUUAGGAAAUAUUUCAAGUAUUAUAGCCCAAAGGGCCAAUGUAGGAUUGAAUCCAAAUCAACAAUGUGGCCUCCAGUGCUUAAUAGUAAAAUGUUGGAGCACCUGCUCCUAAUUUAAGGACAGGAGAGACCGGGCUGUUUCUUUGUAAAGGAGAUGCAUUGCCUUUUUAAAACAAAAUUCUCUUUUCCUUAGUCUGCUUGGUGUCAGUUACUGUACAAGGAAUGGUGUACAAGGGAGUGUGUUGAACGUGGAGUGUUUUGCUUGCUUGGAAGCAUGGAGGUGAUCAAAAAACAGCUCUGCAGAAUCUUGCUGGUGUUUUCUUUGCUCCAGUCUGGAACAGGGAGGACAAGACAAGCACUAGCGUCCCCAGGUUUUAUACAGACUGCUUGUUUCUCCAACAUGUUUUGGAUGAAGCUGGAUGAGUCCUUUCUCAAGAACAAGUUCUGUAGGAUAGAAAUAAUCAAUCCUUCUGGCAUUCCUGUAUUGGUUGACAAAGAGCUGGGGCCUCGCUGUGGCUACGUUCUGUCCAAAGAUGUGUGGGGAAACACUGUCUUCCGGGCAUCUCUUCUUGGCUGUCAUGUUACAAAUGAGAGGGAUGAAAUAUUCUCUCUUACCAUCAAUGUCAAAGUGUCAACCUUUGAGGACAUGAGAGCACCUGAAGUCUAUUCCUAUCCCAUGCGUUGCGCCUACUACCCAUGGGCUCCACGGGAGAUCGUGUGUGAAGAGAAUUACAUGGAGGUGUCAGUGAAGACCGACAUUCCUGUGAUUUCAGAUGAUGAGACUGCACCGUGGAUGUCAGCACUUCCAGAGAUGCAAAAGGUUGCAUACCAGGUAUGGCAGCUGGUAUUCCAUUCUCCUUCAGGGAGAAAGACUACGGUGGUGAGUGAUGCUGGCAAACUAGGCUAUAGUUUCAACAACACACUGUCAAGAGUCUUCCUCCGCUCUCCAUAUGGCACAAAUGAAUCUGAAUAUUCUUUGGUUCAUGGGGUCACCAUGAGCACGGUCAGCUCCACUUCCAUGUACAAGCAAAGAUGGCUGCUCCUGUUGAUUGAUACCACCGUGUCAUGCCCUGUUGAUGGUACCAGCUUCACAGAUGCUGACAUAAUAUGGAUGGUGCCAACUAUGAUCCCUAGACUGGUCCUUCAGCAACCCACCUUCACUUCUCUUAAUAUAUCAAUGGGAGUUGGUGAGAAAAGAAUUGAGGACCCUGAAAAACUCAACUACGCCCUGGAACGGAACCUCACACACAUUGUGAUAACCAUCCCAAUCGGAGCAGAUGAUGGCAGAUUUGAGAGCACUGUCUCCAAUGGUGUCCAUGGGAUAACCUACAGUAUUAAUGUGUUUUUGGAGCAUACCUGGUCAGAUACAGACUGGAAGCUGACCAAAUACACUGUGAUUAAGCCGAUCACUACACCCUUCAUGCCUCGAAUACCAACAGUAGUCAAUGACACUGAUCCACAAACGCGGCUAUUUAAUGUCACAUUGGGAGUCUUUCUUCCUGAUGUCACUCUAGUUGCAGUUACAAUAGGAGACAUGCCUGUAUCUCUCAAGGAAGCAGAGCAAAAAGGCUACAAGAUCACUGAUACACCCACCUCCAGUGGGAAAAAAAGUUUCAGGCUAGAAGUACCUUUCGAUGAUCCCAAUGUCCUAAGAGAGUACGUGAACAAAAAUGAAACUAAAUAUUACCUGCGCUUGAACUACACUCUGAAUGUGGGCCCAAAGGGGAAAGUGUACCAUCAUCCUGCAGACAUAGAGUGCAUAGUUGCAGAUGUUGUGCUACCAGAAGCCAUUGGAUAUUGUGACAAAAAGAGCAUGUAUUUAGCUAUUUCUAUGAAAGACAUGGGUCAACUCUGGCGUCUGUAUGUAGGCAAUAAGCCACUCGAUCCAGGUACUGCCCUUGCAAAUGGGUAUCUUCUCACUGCCAAUGCCACUCAUCAAGUAUUGCAAGUUCCCCUUUUUGCUGUUGGGAUUAUCUAUGAGGAAGUAUCAUUGGAGAGAAUCCAAGCAAGGUUUGAUCUUGCCCUGAAAAAAGCCCGCACUAUGGAGACCCUGGAGACCUUCUCUGUCAGAUGCCAUUUUCUCUCUCAUGAAUUUGUGGUGUGCUACCCUAAUGGAACAGUAAGCGUAUCUGCUGUCAUGAAGACACUUCCGGUCAUUGACAUGGGCAAAACAAGACUGAAAGACCAGGCCUGUAAGCCAAGGGAGUUUACCAAGGAACAAGCCUUCUUCCAGUUUCAUGUUUCUGCUUGUGGGACUUCACUGAGGUUUGAAGGUGAACAUCUUGUUUAUGAAAAUGAAAUAUCUUUUGAAAAAGAGAGUCUUCCCGUACAAGGACCACCAGUUAUCACAAGAGAUCCAGAAUACAGACUGACCAUCUUGUGCUAUUAUCCAAUCAAGGAGACACUCAUCCAAAGCGCCAUGUUCUAUGGCUUCUCCUCACCUCCAACAGCUUCUACUUAUGGCUAUGGCAAAAUGAUAAUUAGGUCAAACGUGGCAGGUCUCAGAAGAGCAAGACAAACUCUGAAUAUCAUCUCAAAUAUGUUCAAAGACGAAUCUUUUGCAGCAGCCUAUGGGACACAUUCAGUAGCUGUUACGUACUUGUGGAGACCAGUAUUUCUUGAAGUUGAAUUGAAAGAUGGAUCUCCUGAUGUUGAGCUGUACCUGGAUAACUGCUGGAUGACAGAGACUGAAGGAUUCAGCAGCCUUCCUCGGUGGAACCUCAUUACAGAUGGAUGUGAAAACUCAAGUGACGGAACUGUGACCUUCUACCCAGUAAUUAAAAAUGACCGGGUGAAAUACCCCAAUCACUUCAAAAGACUGGUUAUACAGAUGCCAACUCUUCCUCUGAGAAAGGUGUAUCUUCAUUGCACAGCAACCGUCAGCACUUGCCUACGUGUGCCCGGCAAUGGCUUUCGCCACAAACAGUGUCCUUCUGAAAGACCGCUUGAUCAACAUUCUGUCGUUCAUCCUGCUUGCCAGGGUUACGCAGUAACUGGACCAAUCUUCGUCCUUCAUUCUGCAAAAAGUGAGCAGCAAUGAGAGCUGGUAUAACUUUAUAUUCUAAUUGCCACGGGUGGCCUCCAGAUGCAGUGUUAUUACCGGGGACGAGUUAAAAGGUCCAUAUCACACUUGCUUCUUAUUUUGUCAAAUAAGAUCAUAAAUAAAAAGCAGGAGGUGCAGUCUGUGAGUGGGCCCUAAGUCCAAUGUAGAAUUAAACAUGAGAGAAAUUU